AUGUUGUCUGAAGGAGGAAGGAACGAUGUCAACACAGCCGUUCGUCUUGUAGUCCCUGGCUUCACCACACCACGCGUCUGGCUCACUACUGCUGGUGGCUGUAGUACGGUGCUCUCGCCUCACCUACCUCACCUCACCUGUACAGCCACGGGGAAGGGCAUGCGUGACACUUCUUCUGCAUCGUUUAAUCCCCGCCAGCCUAUCACACUGCCCGCAGCCCCGCACACCAUACAGCACAGCCUGUGGCCCUAUCGCUUUACUCACUGCUCACUGCUCAAACAAGUGAAGAUGGCCUCUGCCAUUCUGCGGCAGGAGCUUGUCGGCGCCCGCUACAUUCGCCUUGCUACUGUGCAGAACAUCUACAGAAUCCUCCAGCCGAACAGACACAGUGGCAGCCUGAGCCCUGGCGCGGGUGUGCAGGCGUGUAGGGCGUGGGUGGGUGGCGGGUGGGCGGGUGUGGGUGGCGGGCAAGCAGUGGGCAGCGGGGCCUCAUGCUUGCCUCAAGACCCUCGGCGCUGUGUGUCACGCUGGCUGGUGACCUCAGAGGACCACGACAAGGCCACGAGCCUAGCAUCAUGGCAGGUGAAGGUGAAGGAGUCCACCAAGAUCAAGGAGGCGGGACAGGACUUGCUGGAGGACUUCAAGGAGACCCGAGCCAAGGUGAAGGAGAAGAUGGAUGAGAUUGUGCAGCGUGAAAACAUCUGGACUGUGCCAAACCUGCUGUGUGUGAGUCGCAUUGCCCUCUCACCAUACUUGUGCUACCUGGUGCUGGCUGCUGAACACCACUGGGCGCUGGGGCUCUUCCUCAUGGCUGGCGCUACUGACCUGCUGGACGGAUGGAUCGCCCGGACCUUCCCCAGCCAGGCGUCAAACUUGGGCAGCUUCCUGGACCCGCUGGCUGACAAGGUGCUGGUGGCCAUGCUCUUCCUGUCCCUCACCUACGUCGAUCUCAUUCCCUUGCCACUCACAGGCCUCAUCAUCUACCGUGAUGUGCUCAUCGUUGGCGGGGCGUCCUACGUGCGCUACAAGAGUCUUCCUCCCCCGCGCACACUCUUCCGCUACUUUGACGCCUCACACGCCACGGCUCGCCUCGCCCCGACAGCCAUCAGCAAGUUCAACACUGCCGUCCAGCUGAGCCUCAUCACUGCCGCGCUGGCUGUUCCCAUCUUUACCCUCACUGACCACAUUGCCUUCAAAGCACUCUGGUGGUUGACAGCAGCUACAACACUCAGCUCAGGACUCAGCUACAUCUUCUCCAGGGACACCUACAAGUUCCUCAGGACAAUGGACAAGCCAGCUGAGUAGUGUGUGUGUAUGUGUGUGUGUGUGUGUGGGAUGUAGGUAUCCGAAUUUAUACCUGAAAAUAAUUUGUAGCUUAGAGAGAAUUACAGCAUUUUGCCACUCACUAGUAUGAUGGUGGCUGUGUCAUACAAUGCGAUAGAAGGUACAGAUGUUAAUUAAAGGUAAAAGUGUUGUGAAUGUGUGUGCGUGUGUCAUUCAGAUAUAUGCAAAUCAGCCCAGCAAACAGGAAGUUAAACAGUUUCUUAUACAAAUACUGCCGUGACGUAAAUGUAGAAUAUUUUUGCAAACAUAACAAUUGUGACGCGUUUCCGUUACCGUGUGCUGCAGGAAUUUUCAUGACGCCUCCCUCUUACCCAUAUGAAAGUGGUGUGUGUGUGUCCUGUGUCUGGGAGAGGACCAAGGAGAACCAACAACUUUAUACUAACACUGCAGACAGUAUGGAAGAAUAACUCCUCUUUACCUUCCAACUUUACUCUUGAUCAGCUGAAGUCUUUGGCCUCUCAACCUACACAAAACAAGCCUUGUGGGAGAAAACCUUAUUUAUGACAUUUCUGAACUAAAAAAAUAUUUGACAAGACAACCUCAGGAACAUCUACACUACUACUACUACAGAAAUCUCAAUCUUCACACAUUACGUACAUUCAGAUCUUUACCUACUUAUGUACCAGGCCAGCAAUCCCACAUAAGGUAGCUUCAGCCCCCCCAGACAUACAUUUAAUACUAAGGGUAAACUUGCUAUAUGGUCUGUUAGAGUCAGUUUAAUCACAUACACACUUGUCUUUCAUUCAGCUUCUAAUAUCUUGCUUGGCCCUUUCCACUUAUCUCCCAGAGUUGUAGAGAUGCUUCCCAAUGUAUCUUAGUAUUUCAAUCUUGUCUCUGUUUCCUUGCAAGUUAUAAUGACACAACUGCCAAGAUUUAUAUAGAAUUUGUAGUGAGUAUAUUUUGUGAUGUUAUUGUUAUUGCAGAUUAUGUAGGGAAGAAAUGUAUAUGUGGUGGGGAAAAUGAUUGUUGUUUCUAUUUAUUUCUCUGCUGAUAUGAGAGAAGACCAAGAGGAGAAGAAUGACAUCUGGUGAAUCAAGUAUCAGUAUGAGUAAAGGACCAAUGGGUGUCUGAGGAAGUAUAGGAGUGGGAGGUGUGAGUGUCAGGAAUGUUGUGUCUGGCAGGCCACUGUGGGGAUCAAGGAAAUGUAAACACUGAGAUACUGUUGUAGUUUUUGACUGUGAGUUGUUAGGUUUGCCCUGUGUGUGUGUGUGUGUGUGUGUGUGUGUGUGUGUGUGUGUGUGUGUGUGUCUUAGAAGUUUGUGCCUUUUUUUAAGCCAUUUAGGUAAGGUGGAGAGUUGUUAGCAUCCAUUGUGUGUGUGGGUGUGAGUGUACAUAAUGUAAUUUGUGUAUAUAGCAGUACAGAAUGAUCAUUGGCUGUGUGGGUGUGUACAUACAUUUGUAUUGUAACAGAUUUCCAAUAAUUAUUUAAUAAAAAAUAAUUGACAAAAAAAUA